AUGAAUCCUAAAUCUUCUACUCCUAAGAUUCCAAGACCCAAGAACGCCUUUAUCCUCUUCAGACAGCAUUACCACAGAAUCUUGAUAGACGAAUGGACCGCUCAAGGCGUGGAGAUUCCACAUAACUCAAACAUCUCCAAGAUUAUCGGUACGAAAUGGAAGGGGCUGCAGCCCGAAGACAAGGCUCACUGGGAGAAUCUGGCCAAGAAGGAGAAGCUGGAACACGAAAGAAAAUAUCCGGAAUACAAGUACAAGCCAAUAAGAAAGUCUAAGAAGAAGCAGCUUUUGUUGAAGGAAAUCGAACAGCAGCAGCAACAGCAACAACAGCAACAACAGCAGCAACAGCAACAACAGCAACAACAGCAACAACAGCAACAGCAACAACCUCUCAACAAUAAUAUUAUUCUUAUGAAAAGAGCGCAUUCUCUUUCUCCAUCCUCUUCUAUCUCAAGCUCGAGCAGCUACCAAUACCAGCUGAACAAUGAUUUUAGAAGGCUGCCUAACCCUUCUGUCAACUCUCCUAACUACAUGGCUUCCAGGCCUUUAAACGGACUACCUUUGGCGCACGAGAAAAGAGCAGGAGAUCUACCACAACUGUCUUCGCAGUUGCACGCUAUCCCGUACUUUCCCGCCACACAUGACUCUACGGCGAGACAUCAUUUCCUGAACGUUGCUCAACCAAGAGCAAAUUCCACCCCUCAAUUACCCUUAAUCUCAUCGAUCAUUGAGAACAGCAACAACCAAACACCGGUCACGAACACCACCACUGCGUCAACCACUGCAGCAUCCUCCCCCAACAAAGUCUCCUCUUCUCCAAACUCUUCCAUAUCCGAGAACAACAGACUAAAUGGCAUUAACAGCUUGAAUCAAUACCUCCCUCCACCCCUAUUGCCUUCUCUACAAGACUUUCAACUGGACCAGUACCAGCAGUUAAAACAAAUGGGACCAACCUAUAUCGUUAAACCUCUUUCUCACGCGAGGAACAAUCUGCUUUCCACAACCACCCCCACGCACCACCACAUCCCUCAUAUUUCAAAUCAAAACAUUUCUCUUCAUCAAAUUAUAAACGCAAAUAAUAACGAGGUUACUGCAAAAACCAGUCUGGUAUCUCCAAAAUAA